GAGCCGCUUUCCCUUACUGGAAAGAGCCUCUCUUCGGCUCCGUCCAGCUUUGCAAUCGGUGGAUGCCUGGGAAAGUGAGUCGUGAAAGAAGCCCCGGCGCUCCGACGGCUUUCCCUGGGAGGCCGGCGCCUCUUCUCAGUUCGGACAAGGUCCUUUAAGGCUCCCCGUGGGGGAUCUGGGGAGGCCGGCGUCCCCCGUCCCCCUUCUCCCUCCUCCACCUCCUGCGGCGGCUACUGCUGCGGAGGAGCGUGGGUGGUUGGGACGGGGGACGAGCCGGCUCACUAUUUUAAGAGUAGGACAUUGUUGGCAGCGUCCGCUCCGUUUGAGAUACCACCAGCGCCCCGCCAAGAAAGUUAUUUUGCUUGAUCAUCGUAAUCUCGGCUCUUUUUGGAAAAUCUUAGGCUUUCGUCUCCGGAAAGGGGUGGGGCUGCAAGAGGGAAAGUGAAGCAUGAUAAACAAUUAAGGCUACUCAUCUUGCCAUCCUCAGCUUGGACCCAAGUGGACAACAAACAUAUCUUCACUGCUGGCUACAACAUGGCUACCGAUCUUUUGCCAUUCAGCUACAAAAGAAAACUCAGGACUCUGAACUCCAGUGCUCAAUCCCCCUAAGGAGCAUGCUGUGGGCUGAGGCAACUCUGGGAUGAUGAGGUGCAUGGGUGGCCUGGCUCAGAGGGCCUGGCUCAGCAUGGUGUUCCAGAAUCGCAGAGUCCAGCUUUUGCUGAUCAACUCCUUGACUUUUGGCUUGGAGGUCUGUCUUGCUGCAGGUGUCACAUAUGUGCCACCCCUCUUGUUGGAAGUAGGAGUGGAAGAGAAGUUUAUGACAAUGGUUCUGGGAAUUGGACCAGUUCUGGGUCUAGUGUUUGUACCACUGCUUGGCUCUGCCAGUGACCAUUGGCAUAGUAGCUAUGGUCGUCGAAGGCCUUUCAUCUGGAUCCUAUGCCUAGGUGUUUUCCUGAGCCUUUUCAUCAUUCCACAUGCUCACCGUCUGGCCAGACUUGUUGCCUUGGAUGCCCGUGCACUGGAGCUGGCUUUCCUUAUCAUGGGGGUUGGCCUUCUUGACUUCUGCGGCCAGGUCUGCUUCACCCCCUUGGAAGCUCUGCUGUCUGACCUGUUCCAAGAGCCUGACAGCUGCCGACAGGCCUUCUCUGUUUACUCUUUCAUGGUUAGCCUGGGAGGCUGUGUUGGAUACUUGCUCCCAGCUAUUGACUGGGACAGCAGCUUCCUUGCUCCUUAUUUAGGGGGUCAGGAGGAAUGCCUCUUCAGCAUCCUCACCAUCAUCUUCCUCGGCUGUGUCUUAGCAACUGUCUUUGUGACGGAGGAGGUAUCAGCUCAAGUAGAGCUCAGCUCAGGCCCUACAGGAAAGUCUUCUUCCAAGUCCCCAUCAUUUGCCUGCUGUUGCUUCUGGCUUCCAAAGAACUUUUUAAGGACCAGGCAUCUGGUUCAGGCCUUUAGGAAUCUUUGUGCCUUGGCCCCACGCCUGCAUGGCGUGUGCUGUCGUAUUCCCAAGGUAAUCCAAAAACUUUUUGUGGCGGAAUUCUGCAGCUGGAUGGCCCUCAUGACAUUCAUGUUGUUCUACACUGACUUUGUUGGGGAAGGAUUAUACCAAGGCAUUCCCAGGGCUGAACCUGGGACACAGGCCAGGAGAAAUUAUGAUGAAGGAAUUCGGAUGGGUAGCCUAGGCCUCUUUCUCCAGUGUAUCAUCUCCAUUUUCUUCUCAACAAUCAUGGAUCGGAUGGUGAAACACUUUGGGACACGAAUGGUCUACUUAGCCAGUGUGGCUUUAUUUCCAUUGACAGCCUUCAUCAUGUGCUUAUCUCAAAGUAUUGUCAUUGUCACUGUUUCUGCUGCCUUGACUGGCUUCCCUUUCUCAGUGCUUCAGAUCAUUCCAUACACACUUGCAUCACUUUAUCAUCAUGAAAAACAGAUAUAUUUGCCUAAGUAUAAAAGUAAAGAGAAUGCAGCUCAAUCAGAAAAGAAACUGGGGUUCCUCAAAAACCACCUUUCUACGCAGAAGCUGACCUACCAGAAUGGACACAGUGGUGGCCUGUAUUCUCCCCCUGUUGCUGGCUCUUCUCUCUGUGUCAGCUCACCAUGUGAAGUUUCGCUCAUGAUGAUGGUGGGAGAUUCAGAUACUGCAGCGGCGAGCCGAGGCAUCUGUUCAGAUCUGGCCAUCUUGGACAGUGCGUUUCUUCUUUCCCAGGUUAUCCCGUCCCUUCUUAUGGGUUCACUGGUUCAGUUCACACAGUCGGUCACCACUUAUAUGGCAUCUGCUACCGGCUUUGGGUUGGUAGCCAUUUACUUUGCAACCAAAGUUAUUUUUGACAAAAGUGAUAUGGCUAAGUAUUCAGUGUAGAGGAAAAAUUAAAGACAUACUAGGGAAGAGUCAGGAGUGCAGAUACAGCCUCUUUCUCCUUCUCUGUUCAAUGAGAUGUACAAAAUAUUUGACUGAAGGAAAAUAACUGGGUUGAUCUCAGGGUGUCUUAACAAAAAGUGUGGUAUUGGGCUGCCUCUUUUUACCCAAUGCCUUCAGUAAAAAUCUGUGCCCAAUCUUUGGCUCAGGCUCACAAGAGCCAUUUGAACAGGGGUGCUACUAUGAUCACUUCCUUUAGUUGUGCAGGUGGAAGAUGACAAAGUGCAGAAGGGACCAAAGAUAGUUCAAAAAUGCAAUGAACCUCCGCUUCUUAUUUACUUUCUGUAUUGAAAUGUUGUUGGUCAGCUUUUGUACUGAGAUACAAGUCCUCACAACUUGCCAUGAGCCAGAAAUCAUAUGGAAGAAUGUGAUAUGGAAUGUUAAUGUUUUUGAAAAUAUGUCAGAAUAAUACACUCCCUUCAUUUUUCUGGAUAUGUUGCAGGUCAAAGUCUAGGUGGUAUAAAUAAUCUGAGCAGAGCUACAUAGAAGGGAGCUUGUUUAAGAGAAGAUGCUGUGGUUACACUGGCAGAAACUCUACCACUGCAUGAAGGAAAUGAAACCUUAGUUGUCAGCUGACCCUUUCCCCCACAUCUGCCCAAAACAGAGCUUGCAGUUAAUGUAAAUAGAAAGACUUGCAUAAACAGAGACUGAAGAACAUGUGUCUCUGGGGAAUUGCCUUUAAGUGACUGACUGGCCCAAACAAACUACAGUGCCUUCUACUGUGUGCAAUCCUAAAAAGAAGGCUUAGAUUAGAGUAAAAACAUUUGGGUGUAGGCUGCUAUUUCGACUAAGGAGAUGUGUGGUCAUCUAAAUUUCUGGGGAAGGACUGCAUAGAAAAGGAACUAUGUUCCUACGUACCACAAGGCAGGCACCAAACUGAAUUUUUCACUGUGUAAUCCAUUCUUUCUGCCACCCAUAUAGAGCCUAGGCAUUUCUCGGGCUAGAAAAGUACUGCCCUUUUUUAAGCGCACACACACAAACUUACACACCACACCCCAACUGUUUUUAAUAAGCCAUUUAACUGGCAUUGAUUCAGUCAGCAGCAGGCAGGACAGCUUUUCCUGGCCAGGACAAACACAUAUCGAGUACAAGAGUUCAGGAUGUAUAGAACAAUAUGUCCAUAAGGUCAAGGUCAACUCUCUUUCUCCAAGGUAGGAUCCUCUUUCCAUGGGUUUCAAUUAACAUUGAAAAGACUGUAUUGAUAAAUUAGAACAAUUGGUAGAUUAGAUAUGGCAAUAGUUAUUAAGUAUAUAGGGAUUGCUGGAAGCCUUAGGAUUCUAGAAUCUGGGAGGGAAAAGAGGAGUGUCUUCUAUAUUCUUCCCCCCAAAAAAGCGUCACUAAAGCUAGAAUUUGUAUUUCAAGCAAAACUUCCAUUGAUGGUCUUUUCUUGGAAUGUAGAUAACCACUAUGAUGAGAUGAUCUUUUGGGCUUGAGAGAGUGUAAGGUGGGUGUUUAUUUUGUAUCUGAUAUAAAUUUCAGUUGAUCAUUUCUAAUCUGACCCAUUUUGCAGUUUGAACUGUGAGAUAAUUGUGGAGACAAUCAUGUGGUCCUUUAAGCCUAUGCCGAUGGGUUGGCUUUAGUGUGCUGCAGUCUUGCAAAUUAUCACAAUGUUAACCAGACUCUAGCAUGCCACAAAAGCAUUAAGGAACUGCUAGAUGAAUUUGAGCCGAAGACCCCUGUAGAAAAAAUAUUUUUGUUCAAAUGGAUGAAUCAUACUAUUGUUAAAUGCCUCAGGCAAUUUUAACUAGUCCAAAUUCUUAGCUUAAAGAAACCAGUCUGUUAAAUCCUGUAAAAGUUGACAUUUAUCCACAAAGUCUCCUGUUACAUACUCAUGUAAUUUAAUAUUCUGAGUGGAAGGAGUAGAGUUUUAAAAUAAAAAUAAGGGCAAAAUGUCAGAACUGGAAUAGGGGAAGAUGUAAAUUGAAGCAUAAAGAGCAAAAAACAAAAUUGAAUACAUUGCGAUUACUUUGGCUUUCCCCAAUAUGAUGUUCUUCACAUGUGUUGGAUUAUAAUUUGGCAUUGCCAUCCAGCAAGAUUACAUGUGAUGUCCUAACAUGUGUUGUCUUCUGAUGUCACAAGUACAGGGCUGUUGAAAAAACACAUUUAAUAUUAGAUUCUAACAUGGUUUCAUGCUUUAAAUGCUGGCACAUAUCAGUCAUCAGUGCCACCUGUGUGAUCAAAGAAUAAGCAUCCAUAUAUUAUACAAUGGUCCUUCCAUAAUGUUUACUCACAGAUUAGCAAAUAGAUGUAUGCUUCAGACACAUUUUAUGAUUCCAUGAAACAAAUGGGAUUAUUUUCCAGCAAGAACAUGCAACUACAGAGAUACUUCAGUCUUUCUUAACCUGACAUUUUUCAAAUGUUUUGCAAUGGCAGAAAUUCUAAGCAAUUUCAUCCUAUCUUGUCUAAAUAAUAAUGAAAAACUCAUUCAUAGAUAGAAAGUAUCAGUAUGAUACUUUCUGAGUAGACUCAAAUAGACUCCCCCCCCCCCCGCUCCCUUGAGCAGUGAAUCUAGUGAUUGGUAUUAAAGAUUAUACCCAUUUUCACUGAAGAUUUUCCUCCUUGUAAAGUCACCCAGGUGCCCACAUUCCUCUCUUGGUAGGAAUGACCUUGGUUUAUUAGUUUCCUUGCAUGGGAUUCUUUAAUUCUUGGUACCUAAGAGUGUUACUGGAUCAAUUGAGAGAAACUAUAAAAGGGAGUAAUACAUUUCCAUUUAGAGAAAGCAAUAGUUUUGGUAGGUCUUUUACUCUGAGAAAUUUUAGUUAAAAGACUAUAAAUAGCAUUUUGCUUGUUCACUGUUCAGGGUCAAUUGAUAACUACAAUUUCAUUUUAUUUAUGCAAAUCAGAUCUUGAAUAAAAAACAAAGAGAGAAUCACCUUAUAAAAACAAUGAAUUUGACAAAUCAUCUGAAGUCAGGAGAAAAAAAGAGAAGACUUAUGUGGAAAUAGCUCAGGUUCUGUUUUUUCCAAGGAAAAUAGUUCCAGAGAAUUGUAGUUGCCUUCAAAUCAGUUAUACCACUCUUUACAGUACGGUAUGAGAGCCCUCACUGGCAUCCUAGAUCCUCUGUGCCAAAUGUGAGGAGCAUUAGUUGUUCCUAGGAUCCUUCUUGGAUCCUAGAUCUAGAAAUCCAGAAAUCUGGCCAUUCCCCAAUGGUUUAUUUCUUCUUCUUCCUCCUAAUAUGCAGCAAAAGAUCAUCUGUCUUUUAUCAGCAAAACUUCUGCUUCAAAAUAUAUCAUGGUACUCACUAGAUGCUGCAGUGGUACAAAAUAUGUACAAAAUAUGUUUAAUCAGUUUUAGAGUCAAUCAUGCUGUUAUCGGGAAUGACGGUGUCUUUUUUUAAAUAUGGGUCUCUGAAAGUGGUAUAUCAAUUGAGUUUUUGCCUCUGCUAUACACUCUUCACAGUCUUUUCCACUCAGGUUAAAUUCACAUGCUUGCCUUAGCUUGAUAUGUCAAGAUCGGGAGGGAGGGAGGGAUAAUAGAAGUACAACACAAUUAGAGGGGUCUAGCUUGAGGUAAAUUGACAUAUGAACUAGCUGAGUGGCUAAAAAGGUAUUGGCCGAGAUGCCUACACAAAAAGCUUGACAAACCACCCAAUUCAUCUUUUAUACCAAUCCCUAAAAAUAUAAAUUAGGAUCAUUAAUUCCAUUUAGUCAUUGGUGGUUUGACCAUAAUUUAUUGCAUAAGCCAAAAGUAGCUGUGUUCAUAGAAACAAUAGCCAUAAACUCUGAGUUAACAAUUUCCAUUACUAAGUUAAUAAAAAAAUACCAAAACAAAAUCUGCGUAACCACAUUAUAGUUUAGACUUCAGCAUAAACCCUUUUUUGUUUUUGCAUUUUGAACAAAUUAUCCAGGAAUAUGAAGUAAUGGAGUGAGCUGGACAAACACUUGUGGGAUUUGUAACAAAUUGUGACCAUCUUGGCUUUUUUCUGAUUAAAUUUGCUCCAUUGCAUUAUGUGGCACAAUGCUGUUCAGUUGGAAUUAUGAAAUAUAAAUCUGACAAGAUUGGUCUUGCUAAUAUGUGGAAGGUUAAUAAAUCAGUAUAAUUGUUGGAAACAUUCUUUUUAUACUCAAGAUGUGCUAACAAAGAAUCCACUGGAUAAUGGAUUCACACACUUCUUUUAUUGUUAUGUGUCUAUUAUUGUUUGGUCCCUAAUGCAUAUCAUUCACAAAUUUCUUUGGUUGUGUUGAAACUCUUGUUAAGGAGUGACUGUGGGGGUGGCAAGAUGGAUAAAUAAUAACACAGGCAUGAUGAUGGAAUGACACAAAACCUGCAACUUAUGCAUUUGUGUCAUUGUAUGUAUGUAUCCAUAAUGUUUGUAUGAUUGCAUCUUCACAUGUGAAUUGUCAUUUUGGCAGCACAUCAGCUUUGGGUGUUAAUUAUUCCUUCUUUGUUAAUAGUAUUCAUCUUUAUCUUUCCCACACAGCUUUAUUUAAAGGGAAUUUUCUGAAUUUUCUGUUUUGGCCAGUGAUUAAAUAAUACCCUGUGCUAUGUCUUCCCCACAUUAAAAAAACCUGUACAGAA